UGUCAUUUUAAUAAUAAAAAAAAAAAAACAAUUGUGUAUUUUAUUUCUAAAUUAUUUAUUUAUUAAAGCAAAAAGAAAAAUUAUUAAAUUAGUUAACCUCCCAAAAUUAUGGCAGACUCCCAUGAUUCAGGGUCAUUUCGCCCACUUAAUAACAUAAGUCGUUAUUCAAUUAUGGUGCCAGUCAAUGAAAAUUUCCGCUCACCGGGACCAGCAUUAUACGAUACAAGCAAUAUUUCCUUGGUGAAAUCGUCUAGUCCGCAAUACAGUAUUGGCUCGCGCAUGAAAAUUCGUUUUUCACAUGUACCCGGAGCAAAUGCAUAUGAUCGCAGCAACUAUAAGCCCGGAAGAACAGCACCAUCAUAUUCAUUUGGUAGACGUUACUCCAAUCGUUCGGUACCUUUAAUUUUGCCAGAUUAUAUAAAACAUUAAAGAUAUAAACAUAAAAUCAAUUUCCCUGAUUUUUGUAAAUUGGUCGUUUGUUUAAU